AUGCACACAGAUUUGGACGCGGCCGCCGAGGAUGCCAGUUCCAGGCAUACCAUAAGUGGAAUCCCUGAGAACUUAUCAACUUAUGAUUAUGACAUCAACAAUACAGAUCUACAGAUCCGCAGGAAAAACUUUGAGCAGUCUACGUGGAGGCUUGCAGUUUCCAACGUUUGGGGAGAGCCCAGCAUUGAAGUUGUAGGCCAGCCACCUGAGUCCACCAAAGAGGAGGCAGAGAUGGUUGCUUUGACCAUAAAGACUUUCUUGGCUGAACACCGGGCCGAGAUUGCCAAAGAUCCAAAUGAAUUCCGCAUUGGGAUAGCAACAGCCAUUGAGAAAACACACACAUCAUUGGGUCUGCAACCUGGGGCAAUUGCCAUGGUCACAGAUUUUGAGCAUGAUGAUUUUAUGAAGUCAGAUGCACUGACACUGCCGCAGAAGACAUCAGAGCAGGAGCAGCCACCAGCAGGCAUUGAUUACAACAUUGAGCAUUGGAGCGGGCUGGAAUUCCGUGUCUCAUCUUUCAUGAAGUAUCCUUGGAGAAUUGUGGUCUCAGGGGCCUGGAGUAAGGACCCAAGGGCCAAAGUUGUGGGAUUCCCUGAUGGAACCUCAGCAAUUCAGCAAGACGGGGUUGCUACCACUAUGUCAAGUGCUCUGGCCAAAUACAGUGAGGAAAUUGCUGAGACUCCCUCAUAUUUUCGGGCAGCGAUGACAAUAGCCAAGGGUGUCACAGAGAAACAGUGGGGGCUUGACUUUGGUGUGAUUGGUGCAGUCACAAACUUUGAGCAUGAGGAUUAUAUGAAUUGGUUGACAAAAGGCACAGGAGGAGCUAGAAGUGUGGAAACAUAUGUGGGCGCACAGAUCAAGUCCAAGGCAAUGGCUACACUCAUCCUUCAACCUUUACAAGCUGCUAUGGACAACUAUAUGCAACCUGACUCAACUACUCAGACACGUCAAUUAGCAGCAAGAUACAGAAUGAUAGAAGACAUGAAACUCAAUGCUGAGGCACUUGGAGUGACUGACACCAUACGUGCACUUCUGGGGAGACACCCACAGGCAGAUGACAUAUGUAGCCUUCUUAAGAAGCAUAAGCGGGCAGUGACAGAAGGUUCUGCAACCCACGACUCUGUGACGGCUGAUACAAAGCAGGUCAGUGAGGGCAUCAAGGCACUUUUCCGGGCACAAAAACCUUCAACAAGUGCAGACGAGGCACUGCUUGCACGUCCAGACACCCAGGAGAAUCUAACACAACUGGCCCGCCUCAUCACAGAACAAAUUGCAGGCACAGUACCACCUGACUCCAACCCAACUGGGGCUUGGACUACCUUGGAGAGACUCAUCACAGUGGCCGUCUCAUUUGUCCCAAUACAGCCUGUCCCUCUUACAAAACGCACGCUUGUUUAUGGAAUUGUCCAUGGAAUCAACACCUCAACGCCAGUCGUUGUUGGGCAUACUCACAAAGGCAAUUCCAGGGAGCAGGCUGAAAACAUAGCCAGGGCAGCUGAGACUCACCUGAGGACCAAAAGUGAAAAGUGGCUGGCACAACAGGAUGGUCAGCAGUCUCUCAGGUCACUCCUAUCUCAAGCUGUGGAAACUGUCACAUCACAAUUCCGUCUCCCCUCAGAUGCAGUCGUAUUAGGGACAAGUGACCAGCUACUGGCACUAGAUGGAUAUUAUGGGCUUGCUCGAGACUACAUAUGA